AUGUCUGACACAUGCAAAAAGAGACAAGCAAAACUAGGCAAUAUUGUUUUGAAAAUCUUACCAAAAGUUAUGCAAAUAAUCUUAAAGGAAUGUAUAAGUCCUAGAGCUUUACAUGUAAAAUAUCGACUAAAGGACAUACGCACAUCUCUAACAGAAAAAGAAAUAUGCGUCAUGGAAAAACUGCCAAAUAUAGAUGAGUUCACAAUAGAAUUAUGCUAUAAAAUAUUACGGUAUGAAAAUCUAAUUUUAGAACCGUCUUGUAAAUGGGGAGUAUCCCCAAACGAUACAGAUUUUGAAAUCGCCGAUGAUAUUCAACGAAUACUUAUUGCAACAAAUGAAGUUAUCUGUAAACAGUUUGAUGACGUUUCUGAUAAUUAUUAUGAAGGAUUUCAGAAGAGAGUGCAAAAGAUACUAAGUAGAGUGGAUAAAUUCCUUCACCAAGAUUUUUGCGCUAAAUUAUACAACACAAUUUUCCAGUCUGAUAUAAAUUCAACUAAAAUUCUUCAAGAUCUUGCACUGUUCAAACAAAUUGAUGUAACACAGAUUGUUGAUGAUGAGAGCGAGAACAGAGAACGUAUUUCAAGGAUGUCGCUGGCUAUCAUUGAUACUUUUCCAAAUAUCUUUCGAGAUAUCAUACGUUCAACUAUUUCUCCAAAAGAAUUAUAUCAAAAGUGCAAUCCACAUCAAUGUAGUUUCUCUGCAGACCAAAGAAACUGCUUACGUGAAUUACAAUCUUCAAAUUCCUACGAUUCAUUCGAUAUUUCAUUGAUUUAUAAAUUGUUGAGACAAUUUGAGUUGGUUUCAACCCCUUCAAAAGGAUGGGGAAAUGUUCCAGACAAAAAAGAUAUACAAUUAUCAGAUGAUGUAGAGCGUAUACGUCGCUAUAGAAACCAGCUAGCCCAUCGCAGCAGUACAACAAUGACGAAGGGGGAAUUUGAUAAUUACUUCGAUCAGUUUUGUGGUAUUGGCAAAAGAAUAGAUCGCAACUUUUUCCAAAAGGCAAAUUAUGAGUGCCAGAUCAUUUCACAUCAGACGUGCAGGAUGGAUAUUCAAAUGCAGAUCAAAUAUAACAACAGCUUGAAGGAACUGGAGAACUUGAGAUGUGAGAUAUACAUGUAA